UUGAAUAUAACCAGUUUAAUGCAGCGUGUCCCUGUGUGGGAGGGGCUUGGGCGCUAUGAUCUUCCUUCUCUGGAGCUCCAGCUGCACAUUGCAAGUAUGGCCGGGGACACUGAGACACAUAUAAGGGACCGGGCCGAGAAUGCCCACGUUAUUCGGCAACCUUUUUUAAUCGGCGUGUCCGGCGGCACCGCAAGUGGCAAGUCAUCUGUGUGUGAGAAGAUCAUGGAAAUGCUGGGACAGAACAAGAUUGACCAUACCCAGAGGCAGGUGGCUAUUCUCAGCCAGGACAGCUUCUACAAAGUGUUGACUCCUGACCAAAAGGCCAAGGCACAAAAGGGCCAGUACAACUUUGACCAUCCAGAUGCCUUUGACAAUGAACUCAUCAUGCAAACACUAAGACUCAUCCUGCAGGGAAAGAGCGUUCAGAUCCCAGUUUAUGACUUUGUGACCCAUUCCAGAAAAGACGAGUUUGUGACAGUGUACCCCGCUGAUGUGGUCCUUUUUGAGGGAAUCCUGAUGUUCUAUUCUCAGGAGAUUAGAGACCUCUUCCAAAUGAAGCUAUUUGUCGACACAGAUCCAGAUACACGUUUGUCACGCCGAGUUCUCAGAGAUAUAAGUGAGCGUGGCAGAGAGUUGGAGCAAGUGUUGGCACAAUACAUAACUUUUGUAAAACCAGCCUUUGAAGAAUUCUGCUUACCGACAAAGAAAUAUGCAGAUGUCAUCAUUCCUCGAGGUGCUGACAACCUUGUGGCUAUCAAUUUGAUAGUACAACACAUCCAAGACAUUCUGAAUGGUGGACUGAACAAGCGACACAACGGGUGCACAAAUGGCCACAGUACCCCCCGACAACGAAGGACCUCAGAGUCAAGCAGUCGUCCUCAUUGACCUCAUCACACCUCUCUUCAGUGCGGAGAGGGGUGUGGAGGGUGCUGUAAAUAAUGCCAGUUGGUGGUCAACAUAUUUAAUAAUCAAAGAAUUGCAAUGCCUUUUACUACUACAUUUGGUAUUGGUUUAAUUCCCUGUAAUAGUUGGAUGUAGGGUUUAGUAUUUUGUUACAAGGAAGGAGGACAUGGCCCAAUAUUUUUGUGGCAAGUCAAUAGUUUAAAUCACUUGUGUUUUCUCUCCAGGUUGUAUUUUGUUAAUUUACCCUCUGCUGCUUCAUGGAAGUCCAUGCCCAUAAUGAAUAAAAGAGGGAAACACUUUAUUUUAUUUUAUGUCUGAAAAAAACUUGAAUCCCUGUGAUUAGGGGAGAUUGAAAGGAUCUUUGGAUGGGUAGCAUCAAAGAUGAGCUUUUAAAAGGUGUCUGGUGUUUUUAUGCAGAAAAUCUCAUGUAAUGAAUCAUCUAUGUCCAGUGUUGCGCAGAACAAUCAAUUUAUGGUAUUAUAUACUACAAAAUGUAUGUGUGGCUUCAUUACUUGUAAUCGCAAGCAAAGUAAUACAAACUUCAAGCAACUGAAGCCAAAGGUAGACCAGCUGGAUGAUAACAAUAUUGCAAGGUAUUGGCUAAGAUGAACUAUGUUGGAACAAAAAGUAAUACAUAAACUCAGGUUGGCAACACGGAAAUAAAACUUGGAGCAUUAAGUAGAAUGCCACAGAUCAAUAAAUAAGCCCAGGAUGUUCUCCACUCUUUUCUAUGCCUCUGCAAAGUUGCCUCAGGUAACAAAUUAUUAAACAAUAACAUCCCAUAACCUUUAUAAUGUAGUUGUGUUUUGUAAGUUAUUGUAUUCUGUAAAAAGAUGUGUGAAUGAUUUGUACCAGCUAUUUGUACUGUAUGACUGCCGCACUGGAUUGUGGGAUGAUUUUUAUUCAAAUGGAUCUAAUUGAUUAAUGAUCAAUAAAGUAUCACAACCAA